AUGUGCUUCGAUAAUGGUGUUCAUUAUUCGAUUGGUGACACCUUCCGUAACGGAUCAUUCCGAUUGACAUGUGGACGAGAUGGUAUUAUCAUUGAAGGGUGCUAUAUGCAAAAUUCUGCUGAGUAUUUGAUGGCCGGUGAGUCCAGAAUUGUUAACAGACAACGGCACGAGUGUGAAGUGCUCGGUGAUGGACGUGUGCGAUAUCAAGUAAAAGUGAUUGGAUGUGUCCGUGAUGGCCAGCAGUACAACAUUGCUCAAGUAUUCACUGAUAGGCAUGUCCGAUACCAGUGCAAAAACGAUGGAUCACUUGAUGUGCUAGGUUGUGUCGACGAGGGGCUUUUCCUUGAUCUCGGGCGAGAUCUCCUGAUGAACGGAAUGGUUCAUCGAUGUUACCAAGUCGGCAUGACGACGUUCUAUCACAAGUGA